AUGGUCUUAAAAAAUCUUGUUCGAUAUAUUAUCAACAAAUAUUUAAAAGACUAUAUUGAACAAUUGGAUUAUGAAAAACUUAAACUUGAUCUAAAAAAUGGUCAUGUCUGUUUAGAAAAACUUCAUUUAAAACCGGAAGCAUUGGUUGAUCUUAGUCUUCCUGUAACUGUUGCUGUCGGUUAUCUUGAAAAAUUAAUAUUAACUAUUUCAUGGACAAACCUAUACAAUAAUCCAACAAAAGUUUUUAUCGAUGGACUUUAUAUGUUAAUUGUGCCAAAAAAUGAAGUUCGUCGAGAUUUUACAGAAUAUUAUGAUGAUAAAAUGCAACGUGUUCAACGAAAAGUUGAUAAUUUAAGAAAAGCAAUAUCAAAUAAUAAAAAACUAGAUGAAAAAGAGACAACAUUUAUGGAACGAAUGAGAUUACAAAUCAUGCAAAAUCUUGAAAUAACAAUACAUAAUUUACAUAUUAGUUAUGAAACGAUAUCAACAACUAAAUUAGGACAUCCAUUUUCAUUUGGACUUACUAUUCAUCAUCUUGAAAUGAUUACAACAACAAAUAAUAGAUUAAUUGGAAAAAUAAAAGAAAAUUCAGCUAUUGUUUUCAAAAUGAAAGAAAUGCAUGCACUUUCACUUUAUUGGAAUACAGAAUGUAAAUCAAGAAUUGACAUGCCAUUUGAUGAUGUUGUGAAAGACUUAAAAUCGAAAAUCACCACAAAUAUUCAUGAAACAAAGACCGAUGAGAUGAAUUACAUUCUCCAUCCAGUAAAUCUUACUAUUGAUUUACUCAUGAUAUUACAACCAGGAGAUUUUAAUUUCGAACGCCCAGCAUAUGAUAUUGAUAUUCAAAUUGAACAUUUAAAUCUUACUAUUGAUCCAAAACAAUUUUCUGAUUUACUUGACUUUAUUAAAUUUCAAAAUUAUACUAAACUUUACGAUCGAUGUCAGGAAUAUCGUGAAUUAAAAACACAAGAAGUACUAGAUGUCAAUAUAUUAACAAUCGAACAAAAAGAACGUAUACGAUAUUUAGAAUCGAAAUUGGAUGUAUUCAAUCUAGCUUAUAUUUAUCAUAAUAUUGAAAUAGAAACAAAUCCGACUUUAAUAACUAACCAUAAUCGACAUCAUCAUCACCGGUUAAAAACAAAUCGAAUAGUAACGCCAACAAAUACUACCAAUAAUAAUAAUCAUCAUCAUAAAUGGUGGCAUUCUUGGUGGAAAACAAAAAGUCAUUCAAAAGAAGGUGAACGUCGAAAAUCAUCAACAUCUGAGUCAAUUACAACUCAUGAAGACUUUUCUAUCGAAGAUUCACCAAACAUCGACAUUAAAGUUAAAGUUAAUAAUCUAGUCUUGAAUUUAUCAUUACCACAAACAAAUAAUCAAUCUCAAUUAACAGAUAAUGAUAUUCUUUGUCCAAUUAAAAUAACUGAUGCACGUAUCGGUUUCAAACGACGAGCUAUCUCAUCAAAUAUUUCAUUUAUAAUUGAUAUACAAUCAUUUUCUUUAUUUGGUAUGCAAACUGAUAAACAACAAGCACGACCUUUAUUAGUAACAGAAAAUUUCAAAUCAUUUCUUCCAUUAAUUCAUAGCGAAUUGGAAUUCUCUCCAAUGGAUAAAAAAUCCGAUUAUCGUCUGUAUUUAGUUAUUGAACCUUUGAAAAUUACUUACGACGCUCCAACAAUUAAUCAAAUUGUUGAAUGUUUUAAUCCAAAUGAUGACAAUCAUUCGUCUACACUAUCACAAAUUAAACGAAGAACAAAUGAAGAAAUGGAACACGAUCUUUCUCAAGAAAAAGUUUUCGAUAUGACAAUUCAAUUAAAAGGAAUUUCACUAGUUUUACCGCAAAAUGGUGUAUCCUAUAUGUGUUCUUCCAUAGUUCACAUCGAUUUUAAUAGUUUAAUAUUAAAAUCAUGUUUAGGUGAUAAUACUUUACUAUCUCAGGAAGAAAUACAACGAUUUCGAUUUUAUACUAAAUAUAAAUUACAAUUACAUGAUCUACGAAUUACAUAUGCACAAUCAGAUGAACAACAAUUACAUAUCAUACGACAAAUACCAUUGCUUGAUAUCGAUUUCUACAAAUGUAUUUAUUCAAAUGAUGCCGAUUUAACAGAUUGGCAUAUUGCUGCAAGAAUUGCAAAAAUAGAUCAAAUUGUAUUAUCAAAAACACUUUUAAUAAAAUUGAUGCAUCAUUUGAAAUCUGUUCCAUUAUUUUAUUCAAAUAUGAUCGAAACAUUACAUCGAAUCAAUCUUUAUUUUACAAUAUUUCCACCUCAUAUAACCAUGGAAAUUGAUCUUUCAAUUCAAAGGUGCUUUCUACUCUUUAGUCAAUUUCAUACGUCAAUUAUCACAGGUAAAAUCUUUAUAACACCUUUUCUUGUUACAUCUAUUUCUUGGAUUAUUAAAGAUAUUUAUUGUCAUUUAUCGAAAGCACGAGAUAAGAAGAAUAUGAUAAUCACUCUGAAUAAUUUAAUAAUGUCACGUCAUACUACUUCAAUAAUAAAACAACAGUAA